AUGGCUGAUGCGGAAAAUAUACGAGCGACACCAACGCCGGCGGCAGGCACGAUGAGAAAAGCCACACGGAAGAGCAUGCCCAAGGUCCGCACGGGCUGCGCGACCUGCAAACAACGCCGGAUCAAGUGUGACGAAGGGAAGCCUAGCUGCCGCAACUGCGAGCGCACUGGCCGGCGCUGCGAGGGCUAUCCCACCCCUGUACCUGCAGCUGCAGUAUCCGGGGAAGCCGACGAUACCCGAGUGCGGGCCCAGACUCGCCCGCAGCAGAUCACGGUCUAUAACCUCCCAUUUAAGAUCCCGGGGAGUCAAGCCGAUCGUCAACUCUUGCACUUCUACAUAUGUGAAGCAGCCGGUGGGCUCUCGAGCUUCUCCGACCCAACGCUAUGGACGAAUCUCAUCUUGCAGCGGUCGCAUCAUCAGCCGGUCAUCCGGCAUGCCCUUAUCACUCUUGCAUCGCUAUAUCGCGAUUACCUGCAGGGCGGGAAUAAAAUUCAGAUGAGCGCGUCUAGUGCAGCUAUGGAGCGGAUCGGAAAAUGCCACCGACAACUACGGCUUUAUCUGCGAUCACCGGAUGCCUCUGCGGAUAUAGCCCUUAUCUGCAGCAUCCUUUUCUUUGCGUUUGAAACACUCAUGGGCGAUUCCAUUACCGCGACGAAGCAUCUGGACAACGGGCUGUACUUGUUGAAACGCUGCCAAGCGCAAAUGGCUGCAAAUGCCAGCGAUGACUUGCUCCCACAGCUUACCUCCCUCUUCUCCCGCCUGGACAUCCACGCAAGUACAUUCGAUGACGAGCGCAUGCCCAUUCUGAACCUCGUCACGUCAGACGAAACAGCAGGGUUCGCGCACAUCGUCCCAUCGCAACUGACGACCAUCGACGAAGCGGAAGUAGUUCUCACAAAGCUCGAAAACUGGCUGAUGCACCAUAUCAUUGCGCACGUCGCGCACAAGCAUAAACCGGCCGACGAGCUCCCUAGGGACUUACUGCGCGAGCGCUUCGUCCUCUACCAGCAGUUCGAGCGAUUCUUCUUCGCUUACUCGGCCCUCCUUCAGUCGCUCGUAAAACCAGACAACAUCCCGCCUCGUGCUUUACUACUCCGCAUCCAGGCAAGGAUGUACUACUCUGUUCUGCUGGAAAACAUCCCCAACGACACAUUCGGCCCGUGCCCACCUGCUGACAGUCUGCGGAAUACUCUGCGUGACCUCGAGACCUUUCUGUCAAUGGGAAGUACCGAACAGAGUUCCAAGACGUUUACUUUAUCAUCGCAACUCGUUGCAAUCUUGUACUUUAUGUGCCUCAAGACCCCUGAUCGCGAACGGCGAGAGUAUGCCUUCGGGCUUCUCAGGCACUCCAGCAUGCCAGCGAAAGACGGACUCUGGGAGUCAGAGAAGGCCGCGUCAAUCGUGCAGAUUCUAAUUGACCAGACCAAGGAACGCGAGGGGUCGCUGGAACAAACCGGCAAAGACGUCUUCAGACCUGAGGAUGGGGGCAUCGAGAAUGUCUUUCGCGAGAUCAGCAAUCGGCCAAGACCCGGUUGUUUGGCGAAACGCUUGCUGGAAUCUGAGGGUGUACCUGAUGAGCCACAUUCGCCCGUCAACGAUGGCACGUUCUGA